CAGUCCCCAGCGAACGCGCGCGGAGCUGCAGGGUGUGCAAGAGAGUGUUAACCGAGGAAACGUCGCGGCCCGGGAGGCAGCCGCCCCAGCGCAGGUGGACGCUGCUCGCCUGACCGUCCAACCGCCGCCCCUCCCUCCGGGGGUCCCGAGCUGACGGAUGGGAGGCACAGCUCGCGGGCCCGGGCGGAAGGAUGCGGGGCCGCCAGGAGCCGGCCUCCCGCCCCAGCAGCGGAGAUUGGGUGAUGGUGUCUAUGAUACCUUCGUGAUGAUAGAUGAAACCAAAUGCCCACCCUGUUCAAAUGCACUCUGCAAUCCUUCUGAACCACCUCUACCCAGAAGACUAAAUAUCACUACUGAGCAUUUAACAAGAGAUCCUACUCAGCGCUUUCUGAAUGGAGGUGAGAUGAAGGUAGAACAACUAUUUCAAGAAUUUGGCAACAGAAGAUCUGAUACCUUUCAGUCAGAUGGCGUCAACGACUCUGAAAAAUGCUCUCCUACAGUUUCUCAGGGUAAAAGUUCAGAUAGUUUGAAUACAGCAAAAUCCAGCAGUUCAUCCAAAGCCCCCAAAGUGUUGCCUCUGACUCCAGAACAAGCGCUGAAGCAAUAUAAACACCACCUCACUGCUUAUGAGAAGCUGGAAAUCAUCAAUUAUCCAGAAAUUUACUUUGUGGGUCCAAAUGCCAAAAAAAGGCAUGGAGUUAUCGGUGGUCCCAAUAAUGGGGGUUACGAUGAUGCCGAUGGGGCCUAUAUUCACGUGCCUCGAGACCAUCUAGCUUAUCGAUACGAGGUGCUGAAAAUUAUUGGCAAGGGCAGUUUUGGGCAGGUAGCCCGGGUCUAUGAUCACAAACUUCGACAGUACGUGGCCCUGAAGAUGGUACGCAAUGAAAAGCGCUUCCAUCGCCAAGCAGCCGAGGAGAUCCGGAUUUUGGAGCAUCUUAAAAAGCAGGAUAAAACCGGUAGCAUGAACGUCAUCCAUAUGCUGGAAAGUUUCACGUUCCGGAACCAUGUUUGCAUGGCCUUUGAGUUGCUGAGCAUAGACCUGUAUGAGCUCAUUAAAAAAAACAAGUUCCAGGGUUUUAGCAUCCAGUUGGUUCGCAAGUUUGCUCAAUCCAUCUUGCAAUCCUUGGAUGCCCUCCACAAAAACAAGAUCAUUCACUGUGACCUGAAGCCAGAAAACAUUCUCCUGAAACACCAUGGACGCAGUGCGACUAAGGUCAUUGACUUUGGGUCCAGCUGUUUUGAGUACCAGAAGCUCUACACAUAUAUCCAGUCUCGGUUCUACAGAGCUCCAGAGAUCAUCUUAGGAAGCCGCUACAGCACGCCCAUUGACAUAUGGAGUUUCGGCUGCAUCCUUGCAGAACUUUUAACAGGACAGCCUCUCUUCCCUGGAGAGGAUGAAGGAGACCAGCUGGCCUGUAUGAUGGAGCUUCUAGGGAUGCCACCACCAAAACUCCUGGAGCAAUGCAAACGCGCCAAUUUAAACCGAAGACUAUUCCCUAGACUGGGAGUGAGCUUCAGAUAUAAGAAGAAAAUCCAGAAACUGGUGUGUGGAGUUGGAGAGCAGAAAGGUACUCCAAGGUUUGUUCCUGGGUGUGGGUUUGGGGGGCUUGGAACUACAUUUGUUGAAUCACAGUAAAUGAAGUAGUAUGCACCAUCAUGAAUGAGGAACACUCUGUAUUGCUAUUUGGAAACUGGAUAUGAGGCUCCCAAUCUCAAAAUCAAUGCAACUUUCUCCAGGGGUCAGCUAUUCAGAAAAUCUUGGCUUCAAUAGAAGGUCUAAGGUAUGUGGGCAUUCAGGAGGAUCUGCCCAGUCUUCCAGACAGAAACAUUUCCACUAUCGUGACAAAGGGAUGAGGGCAGUUUGGCUGGGUUGCGUUGUUCCCUGAAGUGUGUGGGUAGAAUGGCUUUUGUAGGUAGAGGGCAGGGACCGGGCUGAUUCAUCUUUGCAACACCCUCACUUGGGAGCAGCAGCCAGCACCUUCCCCACCCUUCACCACCACCAUCAUCACUCCCUCCUCAUCUCACUUGGUUCCUCUGAAUCUGGAUCCCAUGAUUGUGUCUCGUUGGCAUCCUCAAUUCCCCUUCCUCCUUGCCCUUCUCACUGAACUAGCCUCAUAAUCCCUCAACAUGGACCAAUUACACAUCUGGAUUCUCACCUGCAUUGUCCACUUUUGGGGGAAAAGAUUGUUCAGUUGUGAAAAUGGGUACCCCACAAAAUACCAGGCAAUGAACCUGCAGCAUUAUCUCAUUUGCUACCUCUGCAGGACGGGAGUUAUUAUUAUCCCCACUAACCAGAUAAGAAAACUGAGGCUCGGUUCUUUUUCGAUGGUAGAUUUGAGGAGCAUCUUGGGGAGAUAGAAUUAUUUAUGCCUUACUUGUUUGUCAGCUAAGAAUAGCUGCUGCUAUUUUAAUUUUAUAAUGUCAGUGUCUUUUUGAUGCCCCACCCAUCUUGAUUAAAUUAUCACUUUAUUUGGUCAAGAUUUUUUGGAGCCAAUGAGAAGGAUGACAGUAGAAACCAAAAGUGUUUGUUUUCCUUACAUCUCUGAAGGUGACAAAAUCUGGAAGAGGAAACGAGGGUGAAGUCCCAAGUUUCUGAUUGAGCUCUAGGAAUGAGAUGGAAGGUUUCUUUAUAUCAUCUGUUAUUAUCAUUGUCACUAGAAUACAAAGGUCAUUGAAUCUUACUGCAUGAGUUAGUUUUAUCUUUAACCACCCAGCUCCAAGAGAAUGCCAGAAACUGUCUGCUGAUCCUCUUCCGUGUGUCUUCUCCAUAUCUUACUUCUGGAGAUGAUGUUCAGGUUUUUUAAAGAUAACAGUUUCUAAGUUGAGAAAUGGGAGAAACCGUGUUCUAAUGUAUUCCUUGACUGGUCUGUGAGCACCGCCUUCCCAAAGCCUUGCCAGCUACUACAUGGCUUGUCAGCAGUCCUUUGGGUGUUUCCCAAGUUCACUCCAAUUUAGUAAGAGUCAGCAGUGAGGUGUAGCACACAACAGGGGCUUAGCAGGGAAUGCAGAGAUGGGUGGGUGAUACGGUCCCAGCUCUUCCUGACCCAAACUUGCUGUGACUGACUUUUAGCCAGUCCACUUCAGUGUCUUCACUAGCAGGCAGUGGACUUCUCUUGCUACUCAGAGUGGGCUGUGGGCCAGACCAGCAUCAUCAGCAUCUCCUGGAAAUGCAGAGUGCCGGCCCCAUCCUAGACCUUAUCAAUCAGAAUCUGCACGUUAACAAGAUUCCCAGGGGGUUCACAUGCACAUCAAAGUUUGAGAACUGGAUUCUGAAAUACACACUAACAACCGUCAUUCUCCCCUUGCCCCAGGAACGAAUAAAAUAGUGAGGAGACUUGGGCUUGAUGCCUGACUCCGAAUAUAGUUCAUCUCUGACUUGGGCAAGCUGCUUCCUCUGGAGCAUCACAACAUUGAGGUGUUUCUCCUGAUUAAGGAGAAUGGAGCUUAAACGCCCAACACCCACACGACUCUAACCCGACUUUUCUAACGGUAAAGUGAGAAACAAAAGCCAGGCCGCAAAGAGUGGAGCGGGGUCACUGUUUUUCACUUUAUUUUAAUUUAUAGGAAAAUUUAAAUACAAUUCUAGGUGGAACUUUUAAACGUUUUUAAAAAAAUUAUUUGAAAAAAAGAAGCAUUUAAGUCAGAUCCAUUUGGCUUUCCUUGCCACCUUCCCAAGCUCUUUCCAUUCCCAACUGCCAUCCAGGCAGGGACUCUUCUCACCCCUUUUAUUGAUUUUUAAAUUUACAAAAUCAACCGAGUUUCCAAACUGUUAUUGACACAGUACAGAGCUGGGUAGGAAUGUUUGUUUUAUUUCAUUCCUAAAAUCAUGUUUUUCUUUCAACAUGGCAAAUUGGCUAGUCCAGCUAAUACCUGCUCAUUUUAUUAGACUCCAUCCCACUUUCUACCCUCACAGUGAUUGAUCUGUGCAUCAUGUGCUAUCACGAUUUCUCUUGUGUUAGAGUGCGAGCUUCAAACGGGCAUUCCCAUUCAUCAUGAAGCUCUGCGUUAAUCGGUUGUGAUGCUACCGAGCAUGUGCAGAUGAUGCGGGUUCGUUUCCGUCCGGGUACCAGGAGUGUGCUCACCUCUUGUCUUCUUUCAAGUCGACCUAUGUAGUCAAUCUCCCAUCUCUUCUUUUUGAGAGAGGGUAAUUGGAGAAGGGUUAUGUGAGGCCACCUUCUUCUGGUCCGGUAUUUGACACUGAUAAUAAUGAAAAGGAAAAUGCAACCAUAACCUAACUAUGGUAUAAAGAUUCUGCUUCUGUCUCCCAGGGGCUCUGUGAAGAGGGAAAGAGUCUAACCCGCAUCUCCUUUCCCAGAUGAAAUUAAUUUAUGACCAUAGUAGUAUACUUUAUUCCUAGGUGUUUUAAGGUGCGGAUUGGGACAGACAGGUUAGCUGGCUAAUGUCAUUGUAUUUUAGUUUUCAUGACACUGAAUCUGUUAAGAACGGGGUUUCUUGCGUGAUCAAAAAACUGAACAAAAGAUUAAACAAAAAUUUCAACUGUGAAACAGUCUGGAUCUGUAGCAGCUGGUCAUGUUGAAACUUUCUGUUUUGCUGAAUUCCUAACUAGGCAUAAUUAAAGUUAAAUGCAAAAUUUUAGGUAGCAGCCGAUAAAUUGUUCUGGGAUUUCCUAACAGAAUACUCCUACUACUUUAGUGAAUCAUGGAAAACUCUUUCUCAUUUACUUUUGAUUAUUUCUCUUUCAUCUAUUAUUCAAUGUCAUGAACAUAGAAGUUGGAAGAGUGACAAUGAUUGUUCCAGACUGCGUCUGUAUGCUUUUUCUCCUUUGAGAAUUAAGGAUAAGAGCUUAUCCUUUGAACCAGGUAGAACUGCCGGAACACGCUCUCCUCUGUCUCUUCAGUCUCGCCAGAGGUGACCAGUCUGUACAGCCCUAUAACUUAAUAUGCACAGAGCAACUGCAGGCAUCCACAACGUGAACGACCUGGAGUCUUCCAAACAAGGAGAGAGAGACAAGGCCAGGGACCAGCAAAUCAGGGAAGAGUUGUCCUCUGCCAGGAAUCAGCCUCUCCGUUUUUAAUAACAUUUUUCAUAUCCUCUUUUCAACAUAACAUGUCCCACUUUCACCUUCAAGCUGUGCUUCCUAAAGCCCAAGAUUUUAAAAGAAUUUACUUCCAAACCUGGCCUUCAACCAGAAUGUGAUUAGGGGUAAUCCUCUCCAAGUGUCUGUCAAAUUAUGCCCGCUAAUUUCAGCGAGAAAAAUUUUUCAGUGAACCCAACCAUGUAAGGACUAAAAGCUCUCUGGUCCCUGAGAGCCAUAGCCCCUGAGAUAAGCCAGAGCUACAAAUAUAUCGUCUAGACUUUAAAGAAAGGAUAUGAUUCUUAAUAUAGCUCAGCAACCACUAAGUGAAGCCCAAGCUCUCAUAAUUUUUUCUGUGACAGGAGAAGCCUGCCUGACAGUUGACUCGAAACAUUCUCACCUCUUCUGCUACCACAGAAAUAAACUAAAAAGAAAGGACUCCCCUAAAUCAGGCCAGAUGAUGACCUGUGGCUGUUUCAGCUCAGGAUGUCAGCCUCUAAAGCAUCAGGUUUGAAUCAUUUGGGAUCAUGGGAUUCUAUCAUUGUUCACUUGAAUCUGCUGACACACUUCCUCUGGAAAGCGCAGUUUGACAUGGAUGAGUCAGUGUUUUUUUUGUUUUUUUUUUUAAUUUUAGGUUGUUCGUUUUUUAAAAAAUAAAAAUUGCUUUGAGAA